AUGCUGUGCAUCGCGCAGCGGGAUGUGAAUGCCAAAAGCGCUGGGAAAUGGAGCGGGUGUUUCCGCGUGGUGUGGGAUGCGAAUGCGGAUGCUGGGGACCGGAAUGUGUCGAAUGAGUAUACGAAUUGGGCUUUGCCCAUUGAUAAGCCGCCUUUCCUGGCUGUUAAGAUUACGGCAGGUAUCUCUUUUACUUUUGGUGGUUUGGCUUUGAAUCCUGACACUUCGGCUGUCAUCUCGGACACAGCUACUGACGAGGCUCGUGGGUUGCACUGUGUGGGCGAGAUGCUGGAGGGCAUCUUCUAUGAGAGUAACGAUAACUUCCCUGGUGGCAGUGCAUUGACUUCUGGGACUGUGCUUGGGCGUCGUGCUGGGCGUGCAGCCGCAGAGACAGUCGGUAAAGUUGCGAGACUUGAGCUGUGA